AGUAAAAAUCAAAUACAAUUUCGUAGAAGAAAACCGCUGCCUUCUGAACGGAGUUGAGAAAUGGCGGCGUCUGUGUGCCGAGUUGGAAGCACCGUGGGUCGAGCCCUUGCCAAAAGUCGCAGUCCUGUUCUGCUGUCUUUGAGGCGUGGCCAGGCUUCAGUCAGCUAUGCACAGAGCCUCUUAGGAGCCCCUGAGACCCAGCUCACUGCCCUGGACAAUGGUUUGAGGGUUGCAUCUGAAGAUACUGGACAUGCAACCUGCACUGUUGGACUGUGGAUUGGUGCUGGCAGCCGUUAUGAGAACGAGAGGAACAAUGGAACAGGCUUUUUCCUGGAGCACAUGGCUUUCAAAGGAACUAAGAAGCACACCCAAACAGCUCUGGAACAGCAGGUGGAGUCUAUGGGGGCCCAUCUGAGUGCCUACACCUCCCGCGAGCACACUGCAUACUACAUGAAGACUCUAGCCAAAGAUCUGCCUAAAGCUGUGGAGCUUCUGUCGGAGGUUGUUCAGAGCUGCUCACUGAACGAGGCAGAAAUCGAGCAGCAGAGGGGCGUGGUGCUGCGGGAACUGGAGGAAGUUGAGAGCAACCUGCAGGAAGUUUGUCUGGACCUGCUGCAUGCCACCGCUUACCAGGGCACUCCUCUGGGACAAAGCGUGAUGGGCCCCUCCAGCACUGCAAGGAAUCUGACCCGUCAGGAUUUAGUUGAAUACAUCAACAUCCAUUAUAAAGCUCCUCGUAUGGUGCUGGCUGCAGCUGGAGGUGUUAAUCAUGAGGAGCUGGUUGGUUUGGCCAAAUCUCACAUGAGUGGUGUGUCUUUUGAGUACGAGGGAGAUGUUGUCCCGGUAUUGUCCCCCUGCAGGUUCACUGGUAGUGAUAUCCGGAUGCGUGAUGAUGCCCUGCCUCUGGCACACGUCGCCAUCGCCGUAGAGGGCGCUAGCGCUUCUAGUCCAGACAUUGUGCCCCUUAUGGUGGCCAACGCCAUCAUAGGCAGCUAUGACCUUACCUAUGGUGGUGGAAAGCACCUGAGCAGCCGUCUGGCUCGCAUCGCCGUGGAGGACAAACUGUGUCACAGCUUCCAGGCGUUCAGCUCCUCCUACAGCGACACUGGCCUGCUGGGCAUCUACUUUGUCAGCGAUAAGCACCACAUUGAUGACAUGAUGCACUGGUCCCAGAACGCCUGGAUGAACCUUUGCACCACCGUCACAGAGAGCGAUGUAGCCAGAGGUCGGAACGCUCUGAAGGCCAGCCUGGUUGGACAGCUCAAUGGAACAACACCAAUCUGUGAUGAAAUUGGCCGACACGUCCUGAACUACGGGCGUCGUGUCCCUCUUGCAGAGUGGAACGCUCGUAUCGAUGCCGUUACCCCCAGUGUGCUGCGUGACGUCUGCUCCAAAUACAUCUACGACAAGUGUCCUGCUGUGGUAGGCGUCGGCCCCAUCGAGCAGCUGACGGACUACAACAGAAUCCGCAGUGCUAUGUACUGGCUCAGGUUCUAAGAAAACUAGUGGUGUGGCUCUUUGUGUUUCCUGUUGGCUCUUAUUUCCCUCCUGGACCUCACCUCUCUGGCCUGAUGUCAUCAGUAGAGGAGUGAACACCUGAAUAUGAUGCCAUGAUGGCUCAGGCCUCCAUCCAUCCUCCUUCCCAUCUGACUCCCUCUGUCCUCCCGCCCACUCAGUACUUAAACAUGCGAGGGGGACAGUCUGGUCACCUACUGGUUAUACUCACCAUACCAUACUGUGUUGUAGACGGAAUAGCAGUCGGCUCACACAUAAGAAUGAUCUAAAUGACAGUCGGUAUGGAGGAAGAGUAUAUUUAUAAAUUGCUGGAACAUUUAGUUUCUGUCCAAUAAUGUAAAUAACAGAAGCUGUCAUUCUGACAAAAAUAAAAGCAAAAAAACUCAAAAA